AUGGCGGAGAGGGGGAGAGCCGCGGAGAGGAGAGGAGGAGGAGAAGGAGAGCGGAGCGCGGAGGAGAGGCGGGGAGAGCAGGUGGAGCAGCUCUACACGUUCCGUGACACCUUCUUCCAGACGGAGGGGCCGGGGCCGGGAGGGGCCGAGGAGAGGCAGCGGCAGCUGCAGGAGAGGCUGCACCAGGUGCUGGAGGCCAUCAGCAGCCUGGAGGGGCGGAGCGGGCACAAAGCCAGCGUGCUGCUGUUGAGGGGCAAGGCGUUGAACGUGCUGCCGGAGGGGAGCAGUGAGGCGGAGUCCGCCCUGUCCCGGGCGGUCAAGCUGCGGCCGGAGCUGCUGGAGGCCUGGAACCAGCUGGGCGAGGUCUACUGGAAACGUGGCGAGCUGGAGGCUGCACGCACCUGCUUCACCGGGGCCCUGACCCACUGCAAGAACAAGCAGUCUCUGCGGAACCUGUCCAUGGUGCUGCGGCAGGUGCAGGGAACGGCGCAGGAACGAGCCGCCAACAUCAUGCGCAGCGUGGAGCAGGCCCGCACCGCCGUGGAGAUGGACGUCACCGACGGCAACUCCUGGUACGUGCUGGGCAAUGCCUACCUGUCGCUGUUCUUCGUGUCGGGGCAAAGUGAUCGCGUCAGUCAGCAGGCGCUGGGAGCGUAUACACAGGCCGAGAAGGUUGAUGCAUCAUCCGUCAACAAACCCCGACCUGCACCUCAAAACCGAUCGACCCUACACCGGUACGAGGAGCGCUACCAGGCGGCACUGGCCGGGCUGGCGAGGGCAGCGGCGCUGGACCCCGCCUCCACCGAGCCGGCACUCCGCGAACAACAACUCCUCACCUACCUGAGCCGAGUGUCCACCCUCGUACAGCAACGGGGGCAGCUGAAGAAGAAGCGGCUGACCGCACUGAUGUCCAGCCUCCGUGGCCGCGAGCUCCACAACCAUCAGGACCGACUGUACAACGCCCCCAGCGGGCCCCCCACCCGCCUCGCCCUGCACCCCCUCUCCUCCCUCACCCCCGGCAACAACCCCGGCACUGCCGUCCUUGGCAAAGUCGUCUUCAGCCUCACCACCGAGGAGAAGGUGCCCUUCACCGUGGGCCUGCUGGACGGGGAGGGCACGUGUGUGGCCGUGACAGUGUACAACAUGGCGGAGAGCUGGGGGGUGCUGAUCGGAGACACCAUCGCCAUCCCGAGGCCAAUCUACACCCACCACAGCGUGGAGCACAAGGACAAGACCUUUGCCUUCGGUGGUAUCCGUGUGGACAGCCCUCUGCUGCUGCUGGUGAACGGGAGGAACCAGAGUCCAGCUAGCCAGGCCGCGCCAGUACUGGCCCACCGACCCUGUGCCGAGUGAGGGAGACCCCCACCCACGGACAACCCUCCUCUCUCCUCCUCUCCGCAGGGACCCGCCGGGCUGGCGCCGUCGUGCAGCGGUAGAGUUGCCGCCGGUGCUGCCUGCGUGGAGUUUGCACGUUCUCCCCCCCGUGACCAGGGUGGGUUUUCUCCGGCCGCUCCGGUUUCCUCCCACACUCCAAAGACGUGCAGGUGUGUAGGUUAAUUAGCCGGGUAUAAAAGUAAAUUGUGUCCUGUGUGUGUAGUGUGCGGGGAUCGCUGGCCGGCACAGACUCAGCGGGCCGAAGGGCCUGUACCUCUAAACUAAACUCACACUGGCCCACUCACUACACACACA